AAAUAAUAGAGAGAAAUAAAUCUCGAAGGCAAACUUUCCAUGACGGUUCUCUGAUCCCCUCUACUUUUCUAUUUCCCCUGAUUAAUCCCAUGCUGCUGUGCUUGUCCUCACCUCACCUAUAUUAUUCUCCGCAAUCUGGUAUCGGGUUUGCAGCCGAUCAACCACUUCAAGAUUAGGUUCAGCCCUUAAAGGAAAUUUUUUGAUGCCUUUCCCUUAGAUUCUCGAUCGCACGAGCCACGCGGAUUCUACCGUGUCCAAAAAAUAGCAAUCUUUCUCUCAAGAUCGGCAAUUUCUAGGGUGAGAGCCUUGGAUUCAGGGGCAGGGGCAGGGGCAGCGGCAGCCAUGAGGAUCCAACCAGCUCCCAAGAAGCGGAACAUCACCUUCCGAUACGACGUCGGCGCCGCCCUCUCGGCCGCGGAGAUGGUGGUGCUCGGGCACCAGAAGAAUCUCCGCCGCCUGCCCCACAUCUUCAGCAAGGUCCUCGAGCUCCCCCUUGCGGCCGACGCGGACGUCGCCGUCCACGAGGGCCCCGACGGCUUCCGCUUCGUCGCUGCAGCCGGGGACCUCGCCGGCGAAGCAGUCCGGGCCCACGCCGUCAGGAUCCACCCCGGCGUGAUGAAGGUCGUGGUCCGCGGCGGCGCCGCUGGCAUCGACGACUUGGACCUGGACGGCCUUGAGCUCAACCGGUGGAGGUUCCGGCUCCCGUCAUGCACCAGGCCGGCGCUGGCCACCGCCGAUUACGUCGAUGGAGAGCUCGUGGUGACCAUUCCGAAGGGCGAGGGCUCCGAUGAGUCUGAUGAUGAUGAAGAGGAGGAGGAGGAUGGAGGAGAGGCGGAGCUUUGGGGUCGAGAGGAGAAAGGGGAUCUCAGAGGUAAUGGAGGCAUCGGCCGGCUUGUGGCUGUACAGUAAUAUGCUUUACUACUUCAGUUUAUAGAUAAAGAUGGUUCUUUUGAAUCAUGGAUGAACUGUUUGUGAUGUGGUUUUCAAUUCAAUGGAAGAAUGUUUGAUGUAAUUAAUUAUAUAUGGUUCUGGCUGUGUUUACUUUGCAAUUAGCUUGUCAAGUUCAUUCUUCUAUCUUCUUGACCUAAUUUCUCUUGCUCAAUGAAGUGGAGAUUUCUUGAGUCCCAUCUGCAUCGAAGUAGGAGCCCUCCCCUUGAUCGUCAAAUGAAAGCAUCUAUUUUCUCCUGUAUAUAUUGAAUUUUGGUUUAUCAAAAGAAUUUUGUGUGUGAUUCGGUUCACUUUCAUGU